UCCCAUCACCACCUAUUAAGUUACUGUUACAAAGAAUUGAACAUUAGCUUUAGAUUAACUGGUAGAUAUACCACAUUUAAGUAUGACGACUCUAUUAGACAAUCUUCAAUCAGAUAUCUAUUCGUUUAAUAAAGUCGCAAAUGAUAAUCUCCACAAUUUGUGGGAUGAAUCAGAGACACUUUUAAAGGAGUUAAAGGAUAUUGAACAAUCUUUAACAAUAGAUGAAUCAUUAGAUAUUUCAAGACUUGAGAAACAAAGUGAAAAAUGGUAUAAAAAUUCAAUUAAUAAUCUUAAAGCUUAUAAUACUGGAAUUAAUAAAUUUCUGAAGAGUAUCAAUAAUCCAAAGGAUAAUAUUGAUUUAGAUGAAGCUUAUACUUAUCCAUUAAAUUUAAAUAAUUAUCCAGUAACUAAUAAAGAAAAAUCUUCAGCUGAAAGAGAAUAUGAUUUAAAAACUAUUAAAUUAGAAAAUAGAGAAGAACUUAUUAAAGCCAUUAUUCUUCAUCUACUUAAAAUUGGUCAAUGUGAUGUAGUUAAAGAAAUAGUUAAAGAAUUACCUCCAGAUUCUCAUGUAGAAAUAGAUGAAUCAUUACUUGAAAAAUUUGAAUUAUUGAAUAAAAUUGUUGAUGAUAUUGUUAUUAGACAUGAUCUUCAUAAAGUACUAGAUUGGUUUAAAGCAAAAUAUGAUUCUAUAGUUAAAUCAUCACCUUCAGGAAUUUUAAAUAAUCCAAUUCCUAGUACUUCACAAAUUGAAUUUAAAUUUCAUAUGUUACAAUUCAUUCUUUUAUUAAAUUCUAAGAAUGCCUUAGAUGCUUAUUUAUAUUCUAUGAAUAAUUUUUCAAAGUUUAUUAAAGAUUAUCUUCAUGGGAUAUCUCCAAUAAUGACUUUAUUAUUAUACAAUAAUAGUUUGUCUAACUUAUCUCCAAAUCAAGGUAAGUUUUCUAAAAUGCAAGAUGAUCGCAAGUUAUUUGAAUUCAUUACAAAAUUGAAACAUAAAUUUAAUGCUGAAAAGGAUACUAAGAAAUCUAAUCAAGCUGAAUUUAAAUUUGUAGCAGAAUUAUUAGAUAGUUUUGAUGAUAUUAAUAAGAAUCAAUCAUUAUUUGUUAAUAUUGCCAAUGAAUUUAUUUCGGAAUAUUGUAAUGAUUUAAAAUUAUCUAAUGAUUCAUCAUUAUUUCAAAGUAUUUUAGCUGGUUAUAUUUAUUUACCCAGUUUUUAUAAAUAUAAUCAAAUUCAAUCUAAAUUUAAUAAGAUGUUACCUUCGAAUGCUAAUGAUAAUGGAGAUGGAAAUGCUAAUGAACAGUUAAUAAUUAAUUUUGAUGCAACUUAUCAUUUUGAUUUACCCUUUCAAUUACCUGAUUCAAAUAGAUUUCUUUUUAAUUAUCAUCCUAUAUUUAUUUGUCCUAUUUCAAGAGAACAAUUAAUACCAAUAACUGAUACUUCAGAUAAUCAUUCUAAUGAAGAACAUAAAAAUAAGAAAAAGAAAAGAUCUCAUUCUGAAUCUCAAGGUAAUUUAAAUAUUGCUGCAGUUAAUCCUGUAGUUGUACUUAAUUAUUGUCAACAUCUUGCUCUUAGAGAAAGUGUUUGGCAUUUAUCUAAGAAAGGUACAGAAAUCUUUAAAUGUCAUUAUUGUUAUAAGAAGCAUAAAUUUUCUGAUGUUACUGAGGCCUACUUUGUUGAUUUAUAAGUUACUUAUAAAUUCACAUACAAAAGUUAUAGUUUAGGUAAGGUUAAGUUAGAUUAGAUUUAGUAGGGUAGAUUAGGUAGAUUAGGUUAGGUUAGGUUAGGAAUAUAUUGGUUAUUAACUAUGUAGUGC